AUGCCCCAGGUGUGACUCAAACUUCGAAGUUUUUUUAACGGAAGUGAAGGUAAAGUAAAUCGGAAGAUGCUAUAAACAAGAAUAUUUUACCAUGAAGGAGAAAGAAAUAGAUAAGGAUACGGUUAUUGCGUAUCAUGACUUUGUCCAGCAUCAAAUCAGGGGAGAAUUAAAUGGCAUCUUCCUGGGACCAGGGCGAUUUUACGCCCAGAUCGCGGUGGCUAGUUUUCUUGCUGGAGUCAUUUCCGCUAUUGUUGGAAUUCUAGUGAUAACGCUACGAACUCGUCAUGUAUACCUCAUUUCUUGGGAUGAUCAGUUCCUUGGACCAUUUUUCGUAAUCCUUGCAUUUAUGCUAGCAGGAUUUGCCGCAGCCCUGGUUGUGCAGGCCAAAAGACGAGCCAAUGCCUAUAGACGCGAUCUAGUGUUCCGUCCCAUCGGUGACUAUGGUGUUGCAGUGUGCCACAAGAGCAGGCUCGUUUUCGAACAAACUACAAGGGAACAGCUGAAAUCUGGUACAGCUCCAAAGAAACCAACAAAAGCAAAACCCUACCAGCCUAUAUCAUACACCACCGAUGGAAGGCCACGAAGGGGUCCAGGUCCUCGUCCAGGUGGGGUAGAUAACAGGGGCUAUGGAGAACCUCCUCCAUAUGAUGGAAGACGAGGUCCUUCUGAUGGCAGGAGACCUCCUCCUGAUCGUAGAGGUCCCUCAGGCCGUCCUAGGAAUGGUCCACCAGAUGAUAGAAGAAGAUAUGGACCUCCUCGAGGAGAAGAGGGCCGUCCACCUCCUUAUGGAUUCAGGGAUCCAGGAGCUAGGAGACCUCCUCCUGAUGAUCGAUACAGAGAUGGUCCUCCCAGGGAAAGAAGAGGACCCCCACCUAAUGACAGAUACAGGGAUGGUCCACCCCCUAAUGACAGAUAUAGGGACGGUCCACCCCCUGAUGACAGAUACAGAGAUGGUCCACCCCCUGAUGAUAGAUACAGAGGCCCCCCACCUGAUGACAGGUAUGCUGAGAUGGACAGAAACAGACGGCGACCUCCAGAUGAUAGGAACAUGCCCAAAACAAAACUUGAAGACAUGCACGAAGGAGAUGAAUCUUCGUUCUAAGCAUUCCUAGUUUCUACAUUCUCCAUUCAUCAUGUAUUCUGUGCCAUUAUUCCAUCAUAUAGCCUGGAUCAACUUCAGCAUCGUAUCAACUUUACAGUUUCUACACAGAUCACUAUAAUCUUGAAAGAAUUUUAUUCAUGUCAAAAGUGGCUAUAUUGUAGGGAAGCAUAAACACAUAUUUAUCUUUAGAGUAUUUGAAAGUGAUCAAUAUAUAAAUGUACAAGUUAGGAUCUGAACUCUGAUUGUUAUUUUUGAGUAAGGUGAGUGGCAACAUUUUAACAUUUUGAGUAACAUUCCUGUCACAUAAAUCAUUAUGUACAUUCAUUUCAAUAUAGUAGGGAAUUAUAUUUUGAUAUUUUAUAAUAUGAACUUUAUACUGUAUUUUAUGUAAUUUUAUGCAAUGUAUAUAAGAAUGGACAACCUUUACUCCUAAAAUAAAUUUUAUAAAUACCAGAA